AUGAGGGUUAUUAUCGCCUUAGGGCUUGCCGAAGAGGGGGAGCUGUUGUACGAUGUCACUAAGUCCAAGUGCGCUGCGCAUGGAGGGUGGGUUCAGGCUAAUUGCCUCCGAGCCUUUGAAUGUGGCUACUUCGUUAUGGAUGUGCUGACCUCCCUGAAAUCAUGGAGGUAUAGGCCGGUGCUCUUGUCCAGUGAUUGGGAAUCGCCUUCGGACAGGCCCAUCCGUUUUCACAUUCCACAACUUUUCAAACAGUUGGUAGGGAAGUUGAAGCAGCAGAUUCCCACAAGGGCUGACAUACAAAAAGUUGAGCGAGUGAAGAAGAAGGUACCUGCUGCCGAUCGGAUUUAUUCGGACUUCCUUUUUACUGCGAACUUGAUCAAGGCUCGCCUCGUCGACCCAGCAGAGAUGAUGGAUGCUCGGAAGAUGUCAGAGACCUCAAAGAGGCGUCUCCUAAUGGGGGCCAAGGCCAAGAAGCAACAACAACAGCAGGUGGGCUCUUCAGCCUAG